CCGGGGCGUUCCGGUCUGGCGCGGGGCUUUGGUCUCUGCGUUUGCAGAAUUUACAGUGCUGGAGCGCGGCGACCCCGCAGGCUGUGUGAGGAGCCGCCGCGCAGAGGAGCGGGAACGGGCCCAAGGCCCCGCCGCCCGGGCUGCACAGGGCCCGGCACGUCGGGUGGGAAGAAGGGGAAAGGCGGUUGUGCCGCGGCCCCGGUUCCGCGUUCAGCCCAAGGCCGGGUGCCGCGGGACCCUGUGUGCUGGCUUCAGGUGCUGUUGCUGUCGUCGUCGUGAGGGUUCCCAGGAGGGCCCCUGGUAUGAGCAGGACGAUGGCAGGUUGUAAUUUAAUUUGGGAGCUGAAACUCACCAGAGGAAGCCAAGGAUGAGCUGGCCGGCAGCGCUGAGUGCAGGAUGGCCCGGGCUUCCCAGUGUCUGUGUGGCAGCCUCACAGGAGGGCACGGCUCAUCGGGCAGGCUUGUUGCAGCUAUUAUGGAUACCAAGAAAAAAGUUCAUGCGUACGUCCGUGUCAAACCCACUGAUGAAUUUGCUCACGAAAUGAUCACCUUUGGAGACGAUGGCAAGACCAUUUGUAUUCACUUUAAAAAAGACACGAAGAGAGAAGUUGUCAAUCACCAGCAUACAGACUGGUUGUUCAAGCUGGACGGAGUUCUCCACGACGCCUCCCAGGACUUAGUGUACGAGACUGUGGCACAGGAUGUCAUAUCUCAGGCCCUCGACGGCUACAAUGGCACCAUCAUGUGUUACGGGCAGACAGGAGCUGGCAAGACAUACACCAUGACGGGGGCAGCUAAGAAUUACAAGCACCGGGGGAUCCUCCCUCGUGCCCUGCAGCAGGUUUUCAGAAUGAUCAAAGAACGCCCCACACACGCCAUCACGGUGAGUGUCUCCUACUUGGAAAUCUAUAACGAGAGCCUGUUUGACCUCCUGUGCACUCUGCCCUAUGCGGAACACUCAGUCACACCAAUGACCAUCGUGGAAAAGCCGCAAGGAGUCUUCGUUAAGGGCUUGUCGGUCCACCUCACCAGUCAGGAGGAGGAGGCACUCAGCUUCCUUUUUGAGGGAGAGACCAACAGGAUGAUAGCCUCACACACGAUGAACAAAAACUCGUCCAGGUCGCACUGCAUCUUCACCAUCUACGUGGAGGCUCGCUCUUGGACUUUAUCCGAUGAAAAGUAUAUCACUUCCAAAAUUAACCUGGUGGAUCUGGCAGGCUCCGAGAGGCUGGGCAAGUCUGGGUCGGAUGGCCGCGUUCUGAAGGAAGCCACCUACAUCAACAAGUCCCUGUCCUUCCUGGAGCAGGCCAUCAUCGCCCUGGGCAACCAGAGGCGAGACCACAUCCCCUUCCGGCAGUGCAAGCUCACCCACGCCCUGAAGGACUCGCUAGGCGGAAACUGUAACAUGGUCCUGGUGACGAACAUCCACGGAGAAGCCGCCCACUUGGAAGAAACGCUGUCCUCGCUGCGCUUUGCCAGCAGGAUGAAGCUGGUCACCACGGAGCCCGCCAUCAACGAGAAGUACGACGCUGAGCGAAUGGUCAAGAACCUGGAGAAGGAGGUAGAACUGCUGAAGCAAGAGCUGGCCAUCCACGACAGCCUGGCCAACCGCACCCUCGUGACCUACGACCCCAUGAAUGAACUCCAGAUCGCUGAGAUCAACACCCAGGUGCGGAGGUACCUGGAGGGGACACUGGAUGAGAUCGAUAUCAUCAACCUCAGACAGAUCCAGGAGGUCUUCAACCAGUUCCGGGUGGUCCUGAGCCAACAGGAGCAGGAGGUAGAGUCUGCUCUGCGCAGAAAGUUCACCCUGACCGAUAAGAGCGACAUUACGAGCAUCUCCACCAACCAGAAGCCAGGGCCCGGCGAUGCUGACGGCCACCUGGUAGGCGAGCUCGAUGGAGAAGGCUUCGGACUUGGGAUCGCGCCUCUCUCUGCCAAACCCGGAAAGAGAUCCAAGUACAAGAAGAUGUUAAAAGCCCAGCCCAAGACCUCAGCAAGAAAGAAAGGUGCCAGCAACUCCGUGAGUGGCAGGGACCUGGAUAUUUCCACCUCCAAGACCCAGCUGGUCCCAGGCGAUGGCAAAGACAUGCUUCUGCGGGACCAGGAAACCCCCAGCAUGGAGCAGCUUCCCUCCGACUCCCCAAAGGAGGAGUCACGCCCCCUCAGACCCAGCACCCCGCCUUCCAAGGCCGUGGCCUUUGAGGAGUUUAAGAAAGAGCGAGGGAGUGUGAUCAACCGCAUCUUCAAGGAGAACAAAUCGAUCCUGAACGAGCGGAGCAGGAGAGCCAGCGAGCUCACACAGCGCAUCAACGCCAUCAAGCGGGAGAUGGACGAGACCAAGGAGGCCCUCGAUUUCCAGAAGUCGCUAGGGGAGAAGCAAGGCGAGUUCGAGUUCGAAGCCAAAGGCUUUGUGGUGGUGGACGAGGAGGAGUUCCAGCUGAUCCUGAGGCUCAAAGACCUCAAGAAGCAGUACCGCGGCGAGUACAAGGACCUGCUCGACCUGCGGGCUGAGAUCCAGUACUGCCAGCGCCUGGUGGACCAGUGUCGCCACCGCCUGCUCACGGAAUUUGACAUCUGGUACAACGAGUCCUUUGUCAUCCCCGAGGACGUGAUGAUGGCGCUGAAGCCGGGCAGCAGCAUCCGGCAGGGCAUGGCACCCUCCAGCAGGAUCGCGUCUCUGGAAGAAGAUGAACAGGAAAAGUUCGCGCAGGUGCAGCAGACAGAGCAGAAGAAGCCAGUUAAGCCCUAGGGACCUGUGUGACAAGAGGACCCUGCAGAAGAAUCCAGCAAACAUAAAAAGGAAAACACGCCGAUAGCGUUUAGAAACACAAAAGGCUCUCAUUAUAAAUAAAGU